GUGAGUAGAAGGGAUAGGGCUUGUGAAAGUUCUAAUUUUCAAUUAUUUGAAUUUAUCUGUAUGGAUUCCUCUUUGUCUUCCUCAGACAGCAAAGUAUUUCAACAAGUAUUUACUAUCUGCCACCUAAUCAACUCAACUUUGUUACUACUUUAUAAUAUAUCUUUUGUGAGAAUCUACUCUUUAGUUAUUGUCUAAAACACUUUAUAGAUAGUGUCUCUAAUCACAAUAGCAAUCCCCUGGAGAAGAUUAAGGUAAUUUUCUUCUUAAAAGUGAAAUUCCAGUUUUGAGAGGCUAUAUGAUUUACUCAGAUCCUUCUGAUUUUCAAGACGGCGACGACUAUCUUAGCAAGAAAAAAGAAUGAGGAAGUUACAUUUGACUCUCCACUUUCAGCAAAUAAGGUAGCUCCUGAUAUGGACCUGAGAGCAGCAUUAGGAUGGAAAGUAUUUUUCCAAAUUCAGACCAUCAUUUCAUGAUUUCUUUCUUUGGAUUCAUGUGCAGCAUUGAAGAAACUCAAUGGGUUCUGGCGGAUACCAACUAAACUGAAGUCUUCUAGCCCAUAGAAUUCCUUGUCAAGUGUGGCUAAUACCCUCCCAGGCUGAAGAAAGCAAUGGUCGGCCACAACAAAGAUGGCUGCAGCGGCUUCACCACGGCAACCGCUACGCCACUCACCAAUAAGCGCAUCAAUACAUUUAGUUCCGGCCUGUUAGUUUGGCGUCACUUCCGGUACCGUCACAGUGGCGUGCCCUAUUGAGUGUAGAGAGGAAGGUGAACCGACUCCAAGAAGCACUAUUGCCGACGGAAUCUGACAGAAUGUGGACGCUCACAACAUGGAGAGAGAAAGCGGGAAGUCCGUGACUGUUGUCGCAGUUGUGACUGAACCUCGGUUCGCUCAGCGAUAUAGGGAAUAUCUGGAGAAGCAGAAACUCUUGAAUAGACAGCACCGUGUGGAAAAGAUGCCGGAUGGCACCGUGGCGCUCCCGGUGCUGGGAGAGACCCUUCCGGAGCGGCACCUGCGAGAGCUGAGCAGUCGCGUGGCCCCAGGCAGCACCUGUGUGCUGACGCAGCUCCAGGAUCCUGCUCCUUCAAAAAAGGCCCAGGGUUGUUCACCUGCCCAAAGAUUGUGUCUUGAGGUGAGUCGCUGGGUAGAGGGCCAGGGAAUCAAGUGGUCCUCUGAGUUGGAGGCUGAUUUACCCAGAUCUUGGCAGCGGCACGGGGACCUCUUGUUACUUAGUGAAGGCUGUUUUCAAGACAAGCAAUGGAAAAGUCUGGAACCAGGACUCUGGGAGACCGUUGCCUCGGCACUUAAUGUCCAGCGUUUGGCAAAACGAGGGCGGGUAUCACCAGAUGGCACUCGAACUCCAACAGUGACUCUUUUGCUGGGAGACCACGGCUGGGUAGAGCACGUGGAUAAUGGUAUCCGAUAUAAGUUUGACGCGACUCAGUGUAUGUUCUCCUUCGGAAACAUUACGGAGAAGCUGCGAGUGGCAUCGCUAUCCUGUGCUGGAGAAGUGCUAGUGGAUCUCUAUGCUGGGAUUGGUUAUUUUACAUUGCCCUUCCUAAUUCAUGCUGGGGCUGCCUUCCUUCACGCCUGUGAGUGGAACCCCCAUGCUGUAGCUGUUCUGAGAAAUAAUCUGGAGAUCAAUGGAGUAGCAGAUCGGUGCCAGAUACACUUUGGGGAUAACAGGAAGCUGAAGCUCUCAAACAUUGCAGAUAGGGUGAACCUGGGGCUGAUUCCUAGCUCUGAAGAAGGCUGGCCCAUUGCCUGCCAAGUGCUACGUGGAGAUGCUGGUGGUAUUCUGCAUAUUCAUCAAAAUGUGGAAUCUUUCCCAGGGAAGAAUCUCCAGCCUCCUAAAAGCAAUAAAAUGGAGAAAGAGCAUUGGCCUUAUCCUCAGAAAAUUAUCACCAACCUGUGGGAAAAUGGAGCUACCAGGGAGUCCAAGAGAAAAACACUGUCACCAGCCACCAAACCAGAGUGGCAAAGGUGGGCAGAAUCUGCAGAAAUUCGAAUUGCCUCUCUUCUUCAGCAGGUACAUGGGAAACCAUGGAGGACACGAAUCCUGCACAUCCAACCAGUCAAAUCCUAUGCUCCCCACGUGGAUCACAUAGUCUUGGAUCUGGAAUGCCGCCCUUGUCCUUUAGUGGGCUAGAGGAGGCGAAUCUGGGGAUAGAAGGGAUUAAUGUAUGAGUGGCCCUUCAUGCAUCAGCUGAGGCUGAGUUCUAAUUCCUUUUGUGUCCUGGUGAUGUUUUAAUAUUCUGUGACACUGAAAGCAACCUCUCAACCAAUCGUAUUCAUUUAUCUUCCAGAGAUCACACUGAGAAUGAGCUACAUACCUGGGAGAAACAGCAUGGCUCAUUGAAAAGAGGUUCAUCUGUGCAAUUAUGAAUUACUAAUUCUGACCUCAGUUCUCACCUUGGGUGCAAGGCUUCAAUAUUCUUUGGCCUUGGAUUUCCUUAUAUGCAAAAUGAGAUUUCCUUGAACUGUCUCAUGUGGCUAUUGUGAGACAGUUGUACACAGGGCAUUGGUUAGAGUGAAGGACACAGUACUGCUAUAAUAUGGAAAAUCAACUGGGCCAGGAUGGAAACUGGGAGACUGGUGAGGAGGCUUCUGUUGUUGUGCAGGUGUGAGGUGAUGGUGACUUGGAUUAGGGUGGUGGCUGUGGGAGGUGGAUGGAUUUGAAAAAUAAAAUUUACAGGCCCAAACAUUGGAAACCAAAUGAAGUCAUUAAUAUAAUGCUGCUUUGUAUUAUGACGGACUAAAUUAGGGAGGGGUGGGAACAAAAAUUAGUAUGUUCCAUUCUUCUACUUUAGCAUUCCUAAAUGAGUAUGGGGGAAUCUAUAUUAGAUUCAUUGUGGUAGAAAAAGGGUUAAGAACACUCCUCUAAAUCAUAGGGAAUCUAGAUUUCUAGACUUAAGCUUGUGCAAUGGCUCCCAAUUACUAGCUAUUUUUUUUUUAAAGUUCUGAUUAAAAUCUUAGAUUUUUAUAGGCCUCAAAUUCCCUCUUCCUCUUCCUUCCCUAGCUGAUAACAUCAGGGACAACAAAAGAAGCUAUAGGUAAUGUGAAAUAUUUUGCAGAA